UUGGUUUCUUUUUACACUUGUCCAGUCACACUUCAAAAUGGCAUCCAAGCAAGAAAUAAUGAAUGACCAGCGGUUUAAGCGGGUGACCAAAGACCCAAGAUUUUGGGAAAUGCCAGAAAAGGAUCGCAAAGUCAAAAUCGACAAGAGAUUUCGAGCAAUGUUUCAUGACAAAAAGUUCAAGUUGAAUUACGCUGUGGAUAAAAGAGGACGUCCUAUCAACCACAGCACCACAGAGGACUUAAAACGCUAUUAUGAACUUUCAGAUUCUGAUUCAGAUCUGUCAGAUGAAGAAAGCAAAGCAUUGAGCCAAAAGAAAAUGAAGAAGAAAAAAUCUCAGACUAAAACCAAAAUAAAAUUGAAGAAUUCAACUGGGGAUAAAGAGAAAGAUACCAAGAAAACAGAUCAAAAGGAGUUUGAAAGUAAGAGUAAUCUAGAUGUUUCUGACAUGGUUCAGAAAAUUAGGAACACUUGCAAAUCUCAGAAGGUGGAUUCAGAAAUAAGUCCCAAGAAAGACAGUGAAGAAUAUACACAAAAGAGUACAAAAGAAAAAAAAAAUAAUGUUCAACAGAGUACAGACUUGUGUCUCAAAAAGAAACUGAAAACUGCAGGCUCUGAUACUGUGAAAUUUCCUAAUCUCAGUUAUUCUCAGACAAGAGAAAUGCUUUCAGUAGUACCACUCAGAAUGGCAAAAGACAGUGAUAAUUCUGAAGACUUAGUGAGUGAGGAAAGAUUUGACAAGGAUGACUUGGAGGGAGAUUCAGAAAGUGCUAGUGAAGUAGAUGGUGAUGAAAAAUCUGAAGAUGAUACUGGAAGUGGUGAUGGAACUUCAACAGAUGAAGAUGAUGAUGAUGAUGAUGAUGAUGAUGAUGAUGAUGAUGAUGAAGAUGAAGAUGAUAAAGAUGAGGAUAGUGAGGAGAAUGAAAGUGACAGCGGUCCUGAUCUUGCAAGAGGUAAAGGAAAUAUAGAAACUAGUUCUGAAGAUGAAGAUGAUGUAGAAGAUUUGCUGCUGGAGACAACUACUUUUGAGCAUGCUUGGAGAGAAUUAGAUAAAGAUGCUCCUCGAGCAGAUGAGAUUACAAGUCGAUUAGCAGUUUGCAACAUGGAUUGGGACAGAUUGAAGGCCAAAGAUUUGCUGGCUCUAUUCAAUUCAUUUAAACCAAAAGGUGGAGUAAUAUUUUCUGUCAAGAUAUUUCCUUCAGAGUUUGGAAAAGAGAGGAUGAAAGAAGAACAAGUUCAAGGACCAGUGGAAUUAUUGAGUAUUCCUGAGGAUGCUUCAGAAAAAGACUGGAGCUCUAGAGAAAAACUGAGAGACUAUCAAUUCAAACGACUGAAGUACUAUUACGCAGUAGUAGACUGUGAUUCUCCUGAAACAGCCAGUAAAAUUUAUGAGGAUUGUGAUGGCCUAGAAUUUGAAAGUAGCUGUUCGUUUAUAGAUCUAAGGUUUAUACCAGAUGAUAUUACUUUUGAUGAUGAGCCCAAGGAUGUCGCCGCAGAGGUGGAUUUAACAGCAUAUAAACCAAAAUAUUUCACAUCUGCUGCAAUGGGAACAUCAACGGUGGAGAUCACUUGGGAUGAGACUGAUCAUGAAAGAAUUACAACACUUAAUAGGAAAUUUAAAAAAGAAGAGCUUUUGGACAUGGAUUUUCAAGCCUACUUAGCUUCCUCUAGUGAAGAUGAUGUGGAUCUAGAAGAGGAGCUGCUAAAUGAUAAUGGACCCACUGUAGAAGAUGGAAAAUCAAAGAAAACUCAGAAGGAUGAUGAAGAACAAAUUGCUAAAUACAGGCAGCUCUUGCAAGCUAUACAAGAGAAAGAAAAGAAAGGGAAAGAAAAUGACAUGGAAAUGGAAAUUAAGUGGGUUCCAGGUCUUAAAGAAAGUGCAGAAGAAAUGGUCAAAAACAAAUUGGAAGGAAAGGAUAAACUGACCCCUUGGGAGCAAUUUUUAGAGAAGAAGAAAGAGAAAAAAAAACUGAAAAAGAAACAGAAGGCUCUUACAGAAGAGGACAAUGAAGAUGAACUUCCUUCUGAUGUUGAUCUGAAUGACCCAUACUUUGCUGAAGAAAUUAAAAAAAUAGGUAUAAAGAAAAAAUCCUCAAAAUCUGGAAAAGAUAGCACCUAUUCUUUAGAAGAAGCAGAAGAAAGACAAAAGGCUGAAAUGGCUUUGCUGGUGAUGGAUGAGGAGGAGGAGAAUAAGAAACACUUCAAUUAUAACAAAAUCGUUGAGCACCAGAACCUUAGCAAAAAGAAGAAAAAACAGCUCAUUAAGAAGAAGGAACUCAUAGAGGAUGACUUUGAGGUAGAUGUUAAGGACACCCGCUUCCAGUCAUUGUAUACUUCCCACUUGUUUAAUUUGGAUCCUUCAGAUCCUAAUUUCAAGAAAACAAAAGCUAUGGAACAAAUCCUCAAGGAGAAAGCCCGGCAGAGAGAGCAAAAAGACCAAGAACUUCAGCAGGCAAUAAAGAAAAAAGAGAAGGAAAUUCAAAAAGAGUCACAGAAAAGAUCUAUUGAUCCUGCCUUGUCAAUGUUAAUUAAAUCUGUAAAAAACAAAACAGAGCAGUUUCAAGCAAGAAAAAAGCAAAAAGUCAAAUAGCUGUAUGUGUGUCUUUUGGGACUAAGGAUAUUAGUUCCUAAUGUAUACAGAAACAGGAAUGGUUGAAGAAGUAUUUAUUUAGAGUAAAGAAUAAGAAUAAACUCUUACUCUGGCCUUUGUAAAAAUGUCUCUAUAACAGUUGAAUGAAAUUGUG